AUGUUUUUUCGUCAAAUUUUUUCACGUUCUACCACCACUUCUAAAGGAUAUGCUGAUAUCACUUCCAUAAUUCGUUAUUCCAAGUUUGUAACUCGCCCGUUUUCGACUAAUUUUUCUAAUUUCAAACCUGCUUCCCCUUUCAAUACUUCCGACUUAAAAAACUUUCGUACAGCUCCUUUGUAUAUUAAUGGUGAAUUCGUAGAAUCAAAAACUGAACAAUGGAUACCCGCAACAUGUGAACUAGUAACCCUUGUUCCGGAACCUACCCUCCAAGAAUUACGAGAUGCUGUUGAUAACUCUGCUGAUACAUUUAAAACAUGGCGUAAAACCACAGUUCUCGCCAGGCAACGGAUUUUAUUAGAACUUCAACAAUUGAUUAGAAGGGAUAUGGAUAAAAUCGCAAAAUCCAUUACCGAAGAACAAGGGAAAACAUUUUCGGAUGCUAAAGGGGAUGUUUAUCGUGGAUUACAAGUGGUUGAACAAGCUUGUAAUAUUACCAAUUUAUUAAUGGGGGAACAAUUGUCCGUUUCGACUGAUAUGGAUACCUAUACUAUCCGAGAACCUUUAGGUGUUACGGCUGGAAUUUGUCCUUUCAAUUUUCCGGCCAUGAUCCCUUUAUGGAUGUUCCCUUUAUCUAUUGCCGCCGGUAAUACUAUGAUAAUUAAGCCAUCCGAAAAAGAUCCAGGUGCCACCAUAAUUCUUGCUGAAUUAGCUAAAGAAGCGGGAGUUCCACCGGGUGUUCUUAAUGUUGUUCAUGGAUCUAUUAAUACCGUAAAUUUCUUAUGUGAUGAUGAUCAUAUAAAAGCAAUUUCUUUUGUUGGAAGUGAUAAAGCCGGUAAAUAUAUUUAUAAACGAGGAACGGAAAAUGGAAAGAGAGCAAAUUUAGGUGCAAAAAAUCAUGGAGUCAUUAUGCCUGAUGCAAAUAAGAAUCAUACACUCAAUCAACUUGCUGGUGCUGCUUUUGGUGCUGCAGGACAACGUUGCAUGGCAUUAUCAACAGUUAUAUUUGUGGGUGAAACAAACGAAUGGUUACCCGAACUUGUUGAAAGAGCAAAACAUCUAAAAAUAUCAGGUGGCAUGGAACCGGAUACUGAUCUAGGACCAUUAAUUUCUCGUGAGGCAAAAGAACGUGUGAAAUGGUUAAUUCAAAGUGGUGUCGAAGAAGGGGCCAAAUUGGUUUUAGAUGGUAGUAACCCUACUGUUCCUGAACAUUAUAAGAAAGGAAAUUUUGUUGGGCCAACAAUUUUGACCAAUGUUAAACCACAUAUGAUUUGUUAUAAGGAGGAAAUAUUUGGACCUGUUUUAAUUUGCCUUAGCGUUGAUUCCUUGGAUGAGGCGAUAGAGUUGAUCAAUAAUAAUCCUUAUGGUAAUGGUACAGCUAUAUUUACAAAUAGUGGAAGCAACGCUCGUUAUUUUGUUACGAAUAUUGAAGUCGGACAAAUAGGAGUAAAUAUACCAAUUCCAGUUCCUUUGCCAAUGUUUUCAUUCACUGGGAAUAAAGGAUCUAUUCAAGGAGAUCUUAAUUUUUAUGGUAAGUCAGGAUUACAAUUUUAUACACAAACCAAAACAGUAACUUCUUUAUGGAGGCAAGAAGAUGUUGAACACAAAAAAUCAGCAGUAUCAAUGGUAAAGUGA